AUUAGAGUCUUUUAUGGGAUUCAACAGUGAUUUUCUCUAAAAUCUAUUCUCAAAUGCUCCGUUUUUCGGAAAUUUUUCUGCUGGUGCCUUUGCUUACAAAUUGCUAGUUCUUCGGCUAAUUCACCCGCUCAAACCCAAGGGUCUUCUUAUUCGUAUUUGUAAAUCGUGGCUCGCCAAUACAAAUCGCAGGUCGAAACCUUUUUCUCCUUGUACGAGUGGGAUUUUGGGUUCGGUUUGCGCCCAGAUUAGUGAGCUGGCAAAGCUUUAACUCCGUUCCAAUUUCCAGUUCGAAGUUUCUAAUUGAAAGUGAAGGAUAAGGUAGACCUGUGGCCCUUGAAAUGAUAACCCGAUCUAAACUUGUUGAGCAGCUCAGAGAUUACCAGAUCCGAUCCCAGCAUAAGUACUCCGCUCUCACAAUCUUCUCUCCCAAACCCCAUGUCAAUACUCGGGUUGAUGUUGCUGUGGCAGUUAUUUUCGCCUUAUCAUUCUGCAUCCUUUCAGUGUUAGCCUGCAUUACCCUUUACUUCAGGCGCUUUUGGAUUUUCUUGGUUGUGGUAUGCCUCAGUAUAUCACUUUUUAUACGCCUAAAAGUCUCUAGGCAAGCAUUAGCAAGAAAGAGAGAAAGAAGACUGCCAUUGUCCAUAUAAACAUUUACAGCGAUGAUGAUAUCUAGCAUAGCAUACCCUGGUAGGCCAACAAGGACUUAUUUGAUGGCUUUUGCUUUAUUUGGUCUUUCAUGGAUGUUUCAGCAGACAGUAAUAGUUAGAACAAAAAUUGACAUUUUGCCUGCUGCUUUUAAAGAGAAGAUAUCCAGUUUCAGAAUCUGUAUACCCUAGUUAAGUGAAUUCAUCUUUCACUUUUUUGAAAUGCACAGAUCAUACUGUCAAGUGCAGUCAACAGCCAUUAGGUUUCUGUCCUUUUUUCCCCUUUUUUGCGAUCAGCUUGUAAUUUGUCUCAAGGAAUUCAGGCCAAGAUUUUCUGUAAUUUUGAGAUAUCUCAUAUAUUUGAGCAUGGAUAGUUUAGAGCUGUA